AUGAUUGCCAAAGAAGAGCCUACUGUGGACGUGCAAGUCAACAGGAAGGGUGGUCCGCUCUAUCCUGACUAUCUUCCGCACUAUGAUCCUCUCGAGCAGGUUGAGCCUGUCGGGGCUUUUGAGCAUGAUGACCCCGGUCAUCGCGCCGACCCGAAGAUGCCCAACCUAAUUAGUGAAGGUGUCGAGUCCAUCGAACUGUCUCCCCAUUGCGGCACUGAGCUGCGAAACGUCCAAAUUUCUGAGUUAUCCAACGCCGGUUUAGACGAGCUCGCUCUCCUGUGCGCCCAAAGGGGAUGCCUUGUCUUUCGAGACCAGGACUUCACCAACUUGGGCUUUGAGAGGCAGAAGGAGAUCGCAUCAUACUUUGGUCCACUCCAUAAACAUGGGUGGAUGCCGCACCCCAAGAACGGACCUGAGGAGUUCGUAAUUGUCUACGACAGCAAGGAAGACCUGCGUAUUCGCAAGUCGUGGUCUCGCAAAAGCCCCGUCCAGUUCCACGUCGACCAGUCUCCCGAAAGCCAACCUCCAGGAGCCACCUUCUUUUGUAUGCUUGAGUCUCCACCAGGAGCCGGUGGCGACACCAUCAUUUCCAGCACCGUUCAAGCUUUCAACCGACUCUCUCCAUCUUUUCGCAAGCGUCUUGAAGGUCUGCAGGCUAUUCAUACAACUGCGAAGCCCAUUGAACGGGAGAUCCGCGACAAUGGUGAUGCUGCUGUACUCCGUCGGCCCAUCACCAAGUCAGUCCAUCCGGUUGUAACCGUUCACCCCGUGACCGGACAGAAGAACCUGUUUGUCAACUCGUCUUACACUCAGCGCAUCGUUGGCUGGGAUGAUGAGGAGUCGGACUACCUUCUGAAAUUUCUGUUUGACCACAUCAACCGUGGUCAUGACUUCUGCUGUCGCGUCCGGUAUGAGCCAGGUACUGUUGUCAUUUGGGACCAGCGUGUCACCCAGCACUCUCAGACACUUGAUUACCAAGCCGGGUCCCGCAGACAUGCUUUCCGACUCACACCUCUUGCCAAUGUACCGAUCCCCAGUAAAGUUGAGGAAGAUGAUGGGGAGUGUCAAAAGGACGAGGGAAGAAUGCUGCUCAACCUGUGUUAA